GUUAACGCCGACGGCAACAUCCUGUAGCUGACCAGAGGUGCGGCAGCGGAGCGCGGGGAGGGCCCUGCGCCCGCGCCCCGCCACUCACACGCAAGCACCGGCAGAACCGAUCGUAGCCACCGCGCAAGCAAGACGCGUACUUAAUUACCUGCCUAACUACUCAAAAAUACGACUGUAACGUUAAUCAAUAAUAUAAAGUUUAAAAGGUGCAUAAAAUCUUUAAUUUCUCAUUAUCAUUAUUAACAAAACUGGCGACCGUACUUUCGAAGAUCUGCAACGCAUUAUCCAGCCAUCGAGAACAUUCGAGAACGAUCUAAAAUUCCUGAGGCGACCGACGCGGAGCGUGCCCCGCGGAGCCCCCGGACCGGAGCCCGAGUUUGCUGAUCGCCGGCCGUGUUCCAUGGAAGUGCAAGGAGAGUUUCCUUAUUCCUAUUCCUCUUUAAUUUGUGUAUAAGUUGUGCGAAACUCUGAGAGUAAAAUUACCAUUUCUUUAUAACCAGACUUGCUCUAGGCGCCACGAGUUCCGUGUGACCUUCAACGGCAGAGGUCACCCGGCGGCCGGCAGGCUGUUGUUAGCCUACCGCUGCGCUCGCUUCGUGGCACUCGCCGGGUUUCUUCGAAGACUUGAUCGCAGGAGUUCUUCAAUAACCUACAAAGUGGUUUGAUGCACAUUUACCUACUUAGUCUAAUUGAUUGAACGUGCCCUUCGAUAAUGUUUUCCUCUAGUGAUAAGAAGUCCGAGCCUUCCUCUGGAAAUGAAGCGAAUUCAGGCGUAAAUAUUAAUAACUUACAACUUAAAGACUUGAAUACUUUAAGAGGUACAAAAAAGGGAGCAUUAACUAAAUUUCGUAAUUAUGUGAUGCCUUUAUCUACGUGUACCGUAGAAACAAUUACAAGUUUACAGAUCAAAGAAUUAACUAUUCGCUUAACAAAAAUAGAAAAUUUAUUCUUUGAAUUUGACAACAUUCAAACUAGGAUUGAACUUUUGUGUGAUGAUGAGCAACAAUAUCUUGAAAGGGAAUUAUUUGAAUCCCAAUAUUACAGCACAGUUUCCAUUGCUCAAGAAAUAAUUGAAAAUUAUUCGAAAUCUAACGAAAAUAAAAAUGAAAAUCACGGCUCCAACAAAUCAACUUGUUCCGCCGCUUGUAGUGGGCAAUUUAAUAAUGUAAAACUACCCACAAUUAAUUUACCCAAAUUCGAUGGCAAUUACCUUACGUGGUUAGAAUACAGGGAUACCUUUGACUCUUUAAUUAAUUCAAAUGAGUCUAUCUCAAACAUAAAUAAAUUUCACUACUUAAGGGCAUCUUUAGAAGGAAACGCGGCAGUUGUGAUUAAAUCUAUUGAGUUUACCUCUCAGAAUUACAAUGUAGCUUGGGAACUUUUGUGCGAACGGUUCGAUAACAAAAAAAUAUUAAUAAAUAAUCACCUAAAGGCAAUAUUUAAUUUCGAACCAAUUGCUCGUGAAUCGCAUAAGGCGCUUAGAUUUAUGAUUGAUCACAUCACAAAAAAUUUACGAUCUCUUCAAAGCCUCGAUUUACCUACAGAUAGCUGGGACAUCUUAAUAAUUUAUUUAAUGUCAACAAAAAUUGAUCCUGUGACUUUAAGAAAGUGGGAAGAGUCAAAGAACAGUCAUACAGACUUACCUACUUUAAAAGAAUUCCUGAUUUUUUUGCGCAAUCGAGCAGAUGUUCUUGAGACGAUGUUAGUUAGCAAAGGUGAACAGAAAACUUCGUUCACAUUUCAUAAAGAACAAAAAAGACAUGAACAUUAUCAUAAAGAUUCACAUCAACAAAAGAGCAAAAGUUUUGUAGCUUCUAGCAAUGAAAAACAUAGCCAGCCAUCAUGCCCGUGUUGUAAUGAUAAACAUCGAAUAGUUGAAUGUAACAAGUUUCAUAAUUUAUCUCCGGAAGGUAGGUCAAACGAAGUCGUAAAACAUAACCUUUGUUCGAACUGCUUACGGAGAGGUCACAAUGCUACUGAGUGUCGACUGAGUGGCACUUGUAGGAUCUGCAAACAAAAACAUAAUACUUUAUUACAUAGAUCGGAUAAUAAUAACGUUGGUAACACAGUCUUAAACUCCUUACCUGUGUCACUAUCAGCACAAACUCCAAGCCAAGUCCUAUUAGGUACAGCCUUAAUUAAAGUUGUCAAUCCUGAAACAAAAAAUACUUACGUUGCUCGUGCUUUACUCGAUGCGGGCAGCCAAUCUUCAUUCAUCACCUCGAACCUGAAACAUAAAAUGGGUUUAGUAGGUAAAAACAUAAAUACAAAUGUAACGGGCAUAAACAAUGCGCCAAUAUUUUUGUCAGAAAGCUGUGAAUUGAGUAUUGAAUCAUUAGUUAACCCGUUCAGUACUUACCUUAAAUGUUUAGUGAUGCCUCAAAUUACCGGUCACAUACCUAACGUUCCUGUAGACGUCACACAGCUUAACUUACCUGAACAUAUACAGCUGGCCGAUCCUAAUUUUUAUCAGCCAUGUGAAGUUGACCUUCUUUUAGGUGCAGAAGUGUUCUAUGAGCUCAUGUCACCUAAACAAAUCAAGUCGAGGCCUGGUAUGCCUAUCCUUCAAGAAUCCAAGUUAGGCUGGAUUGUGGUAGGACCCCUCACUCUUAAUAAUUGUAACCUGAAACAUAAUGGUACUCAAAACAAGAUUCAUUGUAACUUUACAAAAGAAAUUCAUGAAAACUUAACGAAGUUUUGGGCUCUUGAAGAAGUUCAGUCCAUAAAACAGCCUUUAUGUGCUAAUGAUGAGUUCUGUGAACAACAUUUCACGAACACUACUGUAAUGUUCCAUCGAUGCCGAAACAUUAACUAUUUCGCAAAUAAUGAAUUUAAACUACGACUGGAUGUUCCGAGGGAUUUGUUGCGCUUUGGAAGGGUUUUCCCGUGGGAUUUUUGGAAAAGUUGUCUAUUAAAUCAUUCAGGGUGUCGGCUAACUUCGUGCCAAGCUUCGUUGUACCGAUUUCGGAUCACAGAAUAAUCAAGAUAAUUAUUCUGAGUGAAGGUGAGCCUUAAUAUUGAUAUCGGCGAGUUGAGGGUAGAGGAUAAUAUCCACGUAAGCGAGCAGCGCGUGGGCACUUUUCACUUUUGUGUGAGCAGCCGUGGUGAGCAGACAGUCAGAUGGAGGGAGUGAUCGGUGCCGUGGGAGCUUGAGGACCAGGCGCGUGGAGCCGAGGCGGAACACCGUGUGCGAAGCUAAGUCACCUUUCUAUUUACUUUUUGUCUCUCGUAUAUGAU